AAGUCUGGUACAAUGACAGUUGAUACUGCACUUGACCUGCUGCAAGCAGCAGCCGCUGAGAUUGAAGAAGAAUCAGAGGGGAUAGCGCAGAAAUUUCUAGCCGGUGAUAUUGAGGUAGACGAGUUCCUGGACCAGUUCUUGUCUCGAAGAAAAUUAAUGCACUUGCGUAAAGUAAAGGUAGAUAAACUACGAGAGAUAAUAAGAAAAGGACAUUCGAACAGCACUCCUGGUUAUCCUACAAUCGCGUCAAAUUUCCCUGGACUAGCACCCUCCAUACCGUACCCAACUGGACCAGUAGCUAUGCCGAUGCCAUUGCCAGGAUUACCAGUUUAUAGACCAUAUUAAUGUGAAAAGUUAUGUCAUGU